UCAUGAUCGCUACAGCAAAAAUGUCGCAUAUCGCAUCGCAACAAAUGGCAUGGUCGAUGCCCGAAACCACCCAAAAAGAAAGCAACAAAUCACCAAAAAAAAAGAAAGAGAAAUGUCGUCGCCGCCGGUGCUCUUGCUGUGCCGGCUGUUCCCGGGCACCUUCACCGACGUCGCCCACCGAUUCCGCCUCCUCGACUUCUACGCCUCCGCGCUUCCCAUCCACGCCUUCCUCGCCGCCGUGGCCGCCCACGCCGACCCACCUCGCGUCGUCCUCGUCUUCGGCGGCGGGCCCAUCCCCGUCGGCGCCGAGCUGCUCGACGCCGUCCCCUCCCUCCGCUGCAUCAUCACCGUCAGCGCCGGGACCAACCACAUCGACCUCCGCGAGUGCGCGCGCCGCGGCGUGCAGGUCGCCAACGCCGGCGGGAUCUACUCCACCGACGUCGCCGACUACGCUGUCGGCCUCCUGCUCGACGUUCUCCGCCACGUCUCCGCCGGAGACCGCUUCGUCCGGCGCGGCCUCUGUCCGGAGCAGCGCGGCGGCGAUUUCCUCCCCCUCGGAUCCAAGAUCGGCGGGAGGCGCGUCGGCAUCAUCGGCCUCGGCAGCAUAGGGUCGGCGAUCGCGAGGAGACUGGAGGCGUUCGGCUGCGUCGUCUCCUACCACAACCGCCGGCGAAGGGAGGACGUGGCCUACGCCUACUUCCCGACCGCCACCGACCUCGCCGCGAGCUCCGACGUGCUCGUCGUGGCGUGCGCGCUGACGGCGGAGACGCGGCGCAUCGUGGACCGGGGCGUGCUGGACGCGCUGGGGGAGCGCGGCGUGGUCGUGAACGUGGCGCGCGGCGCCAACGUCGACGAGGCGGAGCUGGUGCGCGCGCUGGCGGAGGGCAGGGUCGCCGGCGCGGGGUUGGAAGUGUUCGACGACGAGCCCAACGUGCCGCCGGAGCUGUGGGCCAUGGACAACGUGGUGCUCACCCCGCACCAGGCCAUCUUCACCCCGGAAUCCAUGGCCGACCUGAGCCGCGUCGUCCUCGCCAACCUCGACGCGUUCUUCGCCGGCGAGCCGCUGCUUACGCGAGUGGAAGCCUCGGAGUGACGCACACUUGCCCUGUUAGUCCAACAAUUGACUUAUUCUUAUUAUCAUCAUUAUUGCUAUAAAAUGUUUUAGGGCCUAGUUUCGUUUUGGAGGAAAAGCAAAGGAUGUAGAUUCCUACGGAUUGAUUAUUGUGAGUAUCAUUCGUUUCGUAUGAAUAAAGUAUAGACAAAUAAAAAAACCA